AUGCGACAGCUAGACGUCCACAAUGCUUUCUUAAAUGGGCAUUUAGUUGAGACGGUUUACAUGAAGCAGCCACCGGGUUAUGAAGACCCGACACACCCAGAUCAUGUGUGUCAUCUUCAGCGGUCACUAUACAGACUUAAACAAGCUCCCCGGACUUGGUUUAAGCGCUUACAUGACUUUUUAAUCUCUGCAGGUUUCUUAUCCUCCAAAACAGACGUCUCCCUGUUCCACUAUUCAGCUGGCGCAUCACGCGUGUACUUGCUAGUUUAUGUCGACGACAUAAUAAUGAUGGGGAACGACUCUGUUCUUAUCUCUCAGUUGCUACAGCGUUUGUCCACUACUUUCAAAAUCCGUGAUCUUGGAGCACCAAGUUUCUUUCUCGGGAUCGAGACUUUGGAAGUGCAGUCGGGACUGCUCUUAUCUCAGCAACGCUAUAUGAAAGACAUUCUCAACCGUGCCGGAAUGAUGGAUUGCAAGCCUUUGGCAACUCCCGUUGCAGUCACUCAGCCGGUAACUCCGUCGGAUGAACCGUUUGACAACCCGACGCAGUAUCGGCGUCUAGUUGGGGCACUUCAGUACCUGACUAUCACGCGCCCGGAUCUAUCCUUUUCUGUCAAUAGACUGUGUCAGUUUAUGCAUUCGCCGACCAGUGAUCAUUGGGGUCUAUUGAAGCGUGUGCUACGAUAUGUCAAAGGAACUAUCUCGUAUGGUUUGCGUCUUUUCGCUUCUGCUUCGACGACUAUACAUGGUUUUUCGGACUCGGAUUGGGCCGGUUGUCCCAUCGACAGGAAAAGCACUAGUGGGUAUGCUGUAUUCCUGGGUGACAACCUCAUUUCCUGGCUAUCUCGGAAGCAGCGCACGGUCGCCCGAUCCUUGACUGAAGCUGAGUAUAAAGCUCUCGCCGACGUGUCAACUGAGGUAACCUAG